AUGAAGCUCUGCACUCUAGAGCUGAUUCAGGAGUUCGUUGAGCCUUACCGCUCAGCUUUUGACCCACCCACCUUCCCGGGGCUUCACUUUUCCUUGCUGCCGUUCGAUUCGUCCGGUGGAGGGCGUCGCUACGCCGACGAGUCCUUCUUCGCCUCUGUGGAGCGCGCUUCGCCAUCCUGCUUUGAGGCUGUGGACGUUUCAGGAAGCUUCAGAUGCGACUUCCAGGCCUGCGGGUCUCGAAAUGUGACGUCGCGCUGCUGGACGGCCUGCUUCUUCCGGGCCGUUCUGGGGGAGCAGGCUGGUAGAGCCGGGGGCCGCGUGGAGGGCAUCCCGGUGGUAGCGGAGCGCUUGGUGGGAGGCUUGGAUUCCAGGUUUGACGGGACGCAGCCAGCAACGUAUCGCAAGUGGAGAAGAAAGGCGGAGUUGAUGUUGCUGGCCUUACCGACCACCUACUCGAAGGAUCGAUGGGGUGCCAAGCUGAUGGAGUUUCUAUCGGGCGAAGCAGAAGAAGUGUGCGAAGGCAUUGCGCUCGAGAAGAUCAUCAAGGAAGGUGGCCACGAAAUCAUCUUCGAGACUUUGGAUGGUCGCUACAAGGACUUGCAGAAGGACGCCUUGCAAAAGCACUUGACGGAGUACUUUUAUGGGACAAGCAUCAAGGCUGGAGAGAGCUACAGGAACAUGACCAUUCGCCUGGAGACAGCAUACCGCAGACUGCAAGAGCACAAGGUGGAGCUGCCAGAUGAAGUGAGAGGCUGGUUCCUGCUGCGAAAGCUUCAGCUGGAGUCUCAGGCAGAGGCCAUGGUGCUCACCCAUACUCGUGGGUCCCUCAAGUACGCAGACGUGAACAGUGCAGUGCAAGCGAUCUUUCCACAAGGAUGUGCUAAGACUGGUGGGGGCAAAUCUCGAGAAGUGUUUGAGACUGAGCUCCUCGAGGAACCUGGCGAGACGAACCAGGAGACGGAUGAGCUGGAUGGAGACGACGUGUUCCAGGUCAUCGCCGACCAGAUCCAGUCCCAGGAGACCUACGACGACGAGGAGGCGAUCGAGGUGUUUGAGUCCUACCAGGACAUCCGGCGGAAAAUGCAGCAGAAGAAGAUGGCCCGCGGCUACAAGGCAACAGGCACAGGAUCGACAUGGACUUUGUCGGGGACAGUGCGUGGCAAGAUUGAGCAGCUCAAGGCGCGGAGUCGUUGCCACAUCUGCCAGGAACGUGGACAUUGGAAGCGGGAGUGUCCAAAACGUAAGCCCGGAGGAGCACAACAAGCAAGUGGAAAGCAGAGUCAGGCAAGCGCAAAGACCAGUCAGACCAGCGAGGCCAUGAUCAUGGACAGUGGUGGUGGCAGCGCCAUGGACAAUCUGAACCAAGAGUACUUCCUCGAGGCAGAAGACAUCGUCAAGUUGGACACCUUUCUGGCAGAGCAAUGCGGCCAGAGGGAGGGUGGCCCAGCAGGCUUAGAUGUCCUGCAUGCUGAUGGCGAAGAAGUGAGAGGGGAUCUUGGGCAGAGUGUUUUUGAGUUUUUCCAGAAGCAAGGUCACGCAUCGGGCAGCGAGGCAUACAUGGCCGAUCUUGCUACUCAUGGGGUUCCAGACACUGCCUGUAGACGAACACUCAUAGGUGAAGCAGUUCUACAGCGCAUGUCUGAAGUACUGGGAAGGGUUGGGCUGCAAGUUAGAUUCGUGAGAGAGAGGCAUGAGUUCAAGUUUGGCAAUGCCGGGUUGAUUCAGACGGACAGAGCAGCCAUCAUUCCAGUACGGUUAGGAAGCCGACAGCUAGCAAUAAAGGCAGCUGUGCUGCCUGGUAGUGGCUCUGAAGCUCCACUGCUUCUUUCCAAGGUGACACAGAAUCAGGAUGUGAAGACGCACAUGAGAGAUGAGAUCAGCGCCAUGAGCUAUCCGAGCACCGAUGUGGAGAUGCAGGGCGCGAACAACUUCGUUCAGACCCCUCUGAUUGCCGGCUUGAUUGCCGAGGUGCAGCCGCAGUUGGAGGCGCAGGACCAGGUGGAGCUGAGUGCGUCGAUCCUGGAUCAACUAUCAGAUCACGAAGAAGACGCGCCAGAAGGGCUCGUGCCAGGGCUAACAGGGCGAAUCAUCUUCAACGUCGGGAAGUAUCAGAAAGCAGGCGCAGCGGUGAACUUUGCGACGUCCUAUCUCACCGACAAGAGCUACGUGGCGUGGGUGCGGAAGUUCGUGAAGUCAGGCCCAGAUGCAGCGGGGAAGUCAUCGCAUCCGACAAUGACACAGUUCCGACUGUACGUGGCCUUGAGAGAUCAGCGCAAGUCGCAGAGAAUCCAGAGAGGGUCGGAGCCAGAACCAGCGCUGACAACACCGUGUCGCACAACGAGAGCAGUGACCGCAAUGAACUUGGGAGCAUCCCCCAAGGCGAAGAGCAGUCCAAAGCCGAAGCCAUCGCCCACAACAAGGCGUACAGUUACAUCGAGUCGAAGCCGCCAGAGUGCAGACAGGGCAGAUGUGACGGAGCUAGAGACCGAGCAUGCGGAGACUCCUUGGUUGCUGAUGCCACAUCCAGAGGAGACAAGGAUGUCGCGCACGGAGAGCGAGAGGCGCCGCCAGUUGCUGAUGAGUCAGAUCGAGGCCCUGCACCUCGAGCUGGAGCGCCUGAACGAGGACUUAGAGAGCGGCGUGUGUGAGGUUCAGGGUGGCAUGGAUGUGUUGCUGUUGGAGGGCAGUGAGGAGCUGUCUAUGAUCACGGCAGUAGGUGAGACACAGAAACACAACGCAGAGGCUGAUGAUGCGGCAUCCACGUGUAUGAAGUGUGUAGCGGUUGCUUUGCUUGAUCGAAAGCGCGCGCGUCUUGAGAUGCGCAGGGCUACGGAGUUCAACCAGCAAGUGUGCAUUGACACGUUUGAGCUUGAUGUGAGACAUGCUAAAGUGCAUUUCUUGAAUAUCGUUGAUGAGGCCACCGGGUUUCAGAUGUGCACUCCGUUGUGGAAGGGUAUGCAGGCUAGACAUGUGCGAAACGCAUAUCGCAAGUCAUGGAAACGAUGGGCCGGGCCUCCUGUGAGACUGUUCUGUGACGGGGGCAAGGAGUUUGAAGGGGAGUUCGAACAUGGGCUUUCGUUGGAUGGCACUUUUAGCGACGCGUCGGCUGCAUAUGCUCCAUGGCAGAAUGGACUUGUGGAAAGAAAAGGGGCUGUUUGGAAAGCGGCUUAUUCAAAGGCUCAGAUGGAGACGUAUCCUAGAAGCAAACAAGAAACCCAAGAGCUCAUUGAUCAGGUCAACAAUGCUGUGAACAGUAUGUCACGUGUUGAAGGGUUUUCGCCUUUUCAGCAUGUGUUUGGUAGAGAUUUGAGGGUGCCUGGCAUGAUUAGUUCCGACUAUGAUCCGGUCAUCAACUCGUCGCUGGCGCAGGGUGAGAGUGUGUUUGAGAGAAGAAUGGAGCUGAGAAAGGCAGCAAGAAGGGCCUUCCUUGAUGCUGAUGCCGAGAACAAGUUGCGCAAGGCAAUGGAGCAUCGGAAUCGUCCUGAGAGGGGUCCUUUUUCUGAGGGUCAGCUGGUGUAUUUUUGGAGAAAGAGUCGAUUUGAAACCAGGCAUCAUUGGCAUGGACCGGCUGUUGUGAUAGGGAAGAGCGGUAGCUCCAAAGUUUGGGUAGCUAAGGGAACGAAGGUGUACCGAUGCUGCCCUGAACAGCUGCGAAGUUUAUCGCCCGAGCAAGAGGCCAUGAUUAGAUUGCUGCCAGCUGAUAUGGUGCAUGUACGCAAUGAGGUCAGUGCGAAGGGUGCUGGGAACUUUUAUGAUUUGAGCAUGCUUGACAAGCCACCAGAUUCGCACGUAGAGGAAAGAUCUGAGCAGGACCAGCGUGAGAACGCAGUAGCAGCUCCUCCGAUGGACUUGGUGUCAGGGCAUGAGAAUGCAAUAGCAUCUCCCCCGAUGCAGUUGGAGUCAAGCCCGGAUCAAGCAGUUGAGUUGGCCGUGCUCCCUGAACAGCGCCCUAGGCGUGAGGAUCCUAGAGAUGAUGAUGCUGGAGACGUCUCUCCAAGCAAAAAGCAAAGGGUCGAGCCUGAAGUGACGCCCUUGACGCGUGCUAUGCGUGCAAGUACGGAGUUGCUAGACCAUGGUCGUAGAUUGAGCGCGAGAGCUGAGUCCUCACAGAGGCCUUCUGAGAUCCCUGUGCCUGAGGACGAUGAAGAUGAUCUUGAAGUGAUCGUCGUUGAGGGUCAAGAUCAUUGGGUGAUUGACCAUUCGCAUUCUCGCUUGGUGCGUGUGCAUGUUGUGGAAAGAUGCGUGCCUUGGAGUCCGUCUGACCAUGAGUUGCCUGUUCGCGUGGAAGAUGUGGAGUUGGUCUGUCAGUCUGUGAUGUAUACCAGAAGUGGUGAGCGACACACGCGUGAUUACGAAUGGCGCAACGUGAUGCGCGAAUCAAGUACAGGGGUUGGAAAAUGGACAGGGCAGACUGUGUUUCAGCUCAAGCCAGGUUGGUCGCGACAAAGUGCAUCAUCGAUCGAGUGCUUUGAGGUUGGUGCAACGAAGAAGGGCCGAAAAGAAGUCAUUGAGUCCGAGCUGAGUCAAAAUCAGCAAGCGGGUCUGAAGAAGGCCAAGCUCAAGGAGUGGAACAAGUUGUUGAAAAGUGGAGCGAUUGUUGUUCACACGGGUCGCAAGGCAGCUCAGUUGAGGAAGUCUGUGCCUCGAAAGCGCGUCUUGAAAUCGAGAUUUGUUGUAACUGAGGCUGAACAGGGAUCACACCCUGACACGUGUGAUUUGAAGGCCAGAUGGUGCAUUCGAGGCUACCUUGAUCCAGAUGUGUUGGAGCUUGAUACGAGCGCUCCAACCUUAUCCGCAGAAGGAUUCGCAGUCGCAAUGCAACUAAUCGCGAGUCAUGGCUGGCAAUUGACAAUUGCCGAUGUUGAGGGUGCAUUUUUGCGAGGUGACAACUUGAGUCCACAGCGCGGAAGAUUGUUUAUUGACAUGCCUCCAGGUGGAAUCGAGGGCUACGAUGAUCAGUGUCUUGUUGAGGCAAUCAAAACAGUGUAUGGGCUUGCCGAUGCUCCGAAAGCCUGGUGGAAUUGCUUCAGUGGCAAACUCAAAGACCUCAACAUGCAAAUGUCGGAGUUUGACCCAUGCGUGUUUUAUUACUACCACAGCGGCCGACUAGAAGGAGUGAUCACACUCCAUGUAGACGAUUUAUGCAUGGGAGGAAGUCUCAAAUUCCAACAGUCUGUGCAGCAGCCACUUAGGCAGCUGUUUCCUUUCAAACAUUGGAAAACACAACAGGGAGAGUUUUUGGGCAAAUGGCUUGAACAACAAAGCGAUGGGAGCAUCAAGAUUUCUCAAGAGCAGUAUGCUAGUUCUGCGAAGGGCAUCGAGAUUUCUAAAGAGAGACGUCGUGAGAAGAGUGAACUUGUGGACGAGAGUGAGAGACAGCAGAUGAGAGCUGCCCUGGGGGGCAUCAACUGGUUAGUCAGUGGCAGUCGCCCGGACUUAGCUGCAUGGUGUUCCUUGAUGCAGCAGCGAGUCAAUUGCGCAUGCGUCUCUGACCUGAUAGAAGUGAACAAGCUGUUAAGCCUGGCUCGCGAUCAUAGCAAGUCUUACAUAUGGGUAAAGCCCAUUCCAGUAGAUUCAGUUCAGUUUAGCGUGCUCACCGAUGCUGCCUGGGCCAAUGCUCAAGAUCACUGCAGUCAGGCUGGCUACAUGAUUGCCGCGUGUGACAGUCGACUGUCAGCGGGUCAGUGGGGAGUGUUCUCUGUCAUGAGAUGGAGAAGUUACAAACAAGACCGCCAGACGCAUUCAACAUUGGGGGCCGAGCUCCUAGCCUUAUCCCGAGGCUUGGCAGAGGCUCGAUGGGUGCGUUCUAUGUGGUGCGAAGCCAUAUGCGAAAGUUACGCGCUGCAUGAGGAUCUAGCCUUCAGUGUCAAAGUGCCCAUCACAGCAGUCAUUGACUGCAAGCCUGUCUUCGAUCAUGCCAAGAGCUCCACAGUAUCCAUCAAAGACAAGAGAAUGGCCAUCGAAAUGCUGCUCUUGAAGAAAGACAUAAGCAAGUAUGGCAUCAGUCUGAGAUGGAUGGCAACGAGUCAGAUGAUCGUAGAUGUGCUCACGAAGCGAGGGGCACCGAUGGCCUUGUUCCGACAAGUCUUAAAGGAGGGUUCGUUUAUUCUUGUUGAGGAUGAAGCAGUGAAGCUGUUGACUUCUAAGAAGUCAACCAAUGUUUGA